AAUGGCAGCAAAUUAAGAUUAGAUAUUUGAUGAAUAAUCUUAAGAAGCUACAAUUAAUGAAGAAUAUAAAAUAUGGAAAAAGAAUGCUCCAUUUCUAUAUGAUUUAGCAAUUAGUCAUCCAGUUGAGUGGCCAUCUUUGACAGUAUAAUGGCUUCCAAAAAAGGAAACACCACCAGGUUAAGAUUAUUCAAUUCAUAAAUUGAUAAUUGGAACAAAUACUGGAGAUAAUGAGAUGAAUUCAUUGAUGAUUGCUAAAGUAUAGAAAACUAAUAAAUAUUUAAGGUACGAUUGCCAAGAGAUUCUGAUGUAUAAUAAGACCCUUCAGAAUAUAAAUAGAAUGAACCAAGUGGUAUAGGUAAAGCUACUGGAGAGAGUAGAAUAGAAAUUGAUGUAAGAAUAAACCAUGAAGGAGAAGUAAAUAGAGCAAGAUACAUGCCAUAAAAAUCAAAUAUUAUUGCCACUUUCACAACAAAAGGAGAAAUUCAUAUUUUUGAUUAUAUAAAGCAUCCCUCAUAGCCAUCCAAUAAUUUAGUAAAACCUGAUUUGAAAUUAGUAGGACAUUAAAAAGAAGGGUAUAUAAUAUAUCAAAUUUAUUAUAGAUUUGGUAUGUCUUGGAGUGAAUAGAAAUUAGGACAUUUGUUAACAGGAGAUUAUGAUGGUAAAUUAUGUAUUUGGGAUGUUGAAACUAAUGCACCAGAACCAAAAUAAACAUUUUAAGCAAAUAAUUUAUAAAUUGAAGAUGUAUGUUGGCAUAGAUAUCAUCCAGAUAUAUUUGGUUCAUGUGGAGAUGAUAGACAUGUGAGAAUGUAAUAAUAAUAAUUAUUUAAAAAUAGUUGGGAUACUCGUAAACCAUAACCAUUAAGUGAUAUUUAAACACAUGCUGGUGAUAUAUAUUGUUUAGAUUUUAAUCCAUUUAAUGAAUACUUUUUUAUUACUGGAUCAGAAGAUAAGAGAAUCAAUUUAUUUGAUAUGAGAAAUACUGAAAAACCCCUUCAUACUUUUGAAAGUCAUGGUGAUUAAAUUUUAUCUUUGAAAUGGUCACCACAUAAUAUGAAAAUAUUUGUUAGUAGUUCAGCUGAUAGAAGAUGUAUGAUUUGGGAUUUUGGUAGAUGUGGAAGAUCAUAAACACCAGAAGAAGCAUAAGAUGGACCACCUGAAUUAUUGGUAAUAUUAAUAUUAAUAAAAUAUAGUUUGUUCAUGGAGGACACAGAUCUAAGGUUUCUGAUUUAGAUUGGAAUCUUAAUGAAAAAUAUAUCAUUUCUAGUGUUGAAGAUAAUAAUAUUUUAUAAGUUUGGUAAUUGGGAGCGCAUAUUUAUUAAGAAUGA